UUAGUUGCACAGUCGCUGGUGAAUGAGAAGGUGCAAGAUUGCAACAGUUUGCAUUCUCCGAAGUGGUGAACCUAACUAUAAAAGCAGACAAUAUCUACCUACCUACUUUGUCUGCGUAGUAUAGUCCAAUAUAUAAACAAAAGUAAGAAAGUUGCCGAAAAAAUGUCAUCACGCUUUUAUCAAUUCGGAGUGACUGCAUUAAGUGCUUGUAUUGGUUCACUUGCGGCCAGUUGGGUUUGUGCAGAUAAUAAGAGCUCUCCAUAUGUGGUUCAAAAUGAUAUUGUACGGCCUCCAAAGAGAAAGCGUACUCUCCCUCCACGUUCCGACCAAAUGAAAAGCCUUCAAAGCGGUGAAGAAUAUGAUGUGUUAAUAAUUGGUGGAGGUGCAACUGGUGCUGGCUGUGCACUGGAUGCUGUUACCAGAGGAUUGAAAACCGCUCUUGUUGAAUCGGACGACUUUGCCAGCGGAACUUCAUCCCGGUCCACAAAACUCAUUCAUGGAGGAGUUCGGUACUUGCAAAAGGCUAUUCUUGGGCUAGACUUUGAACAGUAUAGAAUGGUUAAAGAAGCGCUUCAAGAACGAGCAUCUAUGCUUGAAUCAGCACCACAUCUUGCUCAUCCUUUACCAAUAAUGUUGCCUGUGUAUCAAUGGUGGCAAGUGCCAUAUUAUUGGGUUGGUAUCAAGUGCUACGAUCUCGUUGCUGGAGAUAGAAACGUUAAAAGUUCGUACUAUCUCUCAAAGAAAGAUGCCUUGGAACUUUUUCCCAUGUUAAAAAAAGAUAAACUUUGCGGAGCCAUUGUGUAUUACGACGGCCAGCAAGACGAUGCGAGAAUGUGUUUAGCGGUGGCUCUUACUGCCGCUAGACAUGGGGCGACUGUUUGCAAUCAUGUUGAAGUUAAAGAAUUGUUAAAGAAGGACGAAAAUGGGAAAAAAGUUUUGUGUGGAGCAAAAGUCAAGGAUCAUAUAUCUGGAAGAGAAUUUACAGUAAAAGCUAAGUGUAUUAUUAACGCAACUGGGCCAUUUACAGAUUUUAUACGCAAAAUGGACAAUCCCAACGUAAAGACUAUCUGCUGCCCGAGUUCGGGUGUACAUAUCGUUCUUCCUGGUUAUUACAGUCCUGAUCAAAUGGGCCUUUUAGAUCCUUCCACUUCGGAUGGCCGCGUCAUUUUCUUCUUACCAUGGCAGAGGCAAACCAUCGCUGGUACUACUGAUUUGCCGUGUGACAUUACUCACAAUCCAAGCCCGACUGAGGACGAAAUUCAGUUUAUUUUGAAUGAGAUCAAAAAUUACUUGAAUACGGAUGUUGAAGUUCGUCGCGGAGACGUUUUGUCAGCUUGGAGUGGUAUAAGACCCCUUGUAUCGGACCCAAAUAAAGAAGAUACGCAAUCACUGGCUAGAAAUCAUAUUGUGCAUGUGAGUCCGUCGAAUUUGGUCACAAUUGCCGGAGGCAAGUGGACCACGUAUAGAGCUAUGGCAGAGCACACGAUUGACGCUGCAAUCAAAGCCUGCAACCUAAAGCCAGAACGAACAGAAGCGGUAACAUCUUAUUUGAAAAUUGAAGGCGGUCAGGGGUGGACACCAACAAUGUACAUUCGAUUAGUACAAGAUUUUGGUCUAGAAUGUGAGGUUGCGCAACAUUUGGCAAAAUCUUAUGGUGACAGAGCAUUUGCCGUUUCCAAAAUGGCAUCACUAACAGGCAAGCGAUGGCCGAUCAUCGGAAACCGUAUCCAUCCCGAAUUUCCAUACAUUGAUGCUGAAAUACGCUACGGUGUUCGUGAGUAUGCCUGCACGGCUGUGGAUAUGAUUGCUCGGCGACUACGUUUGGCAUUUUUAAAUGUGCAAGCCGCUUCAGAAGCUCUGCCUGUCAUUGUGGAUUUGAUGGGUGAAGAACUGCAUUGGUCCAAAGACGAGAAAGAGAAACAAAUAAAACAAGCCAACGAAUUCCUAGCUCAUGAAAUGGGUCAAAUGGUAAAUAGGACAUCAAAGGAAAGAAUACCAAUAAAACUAUCGAAAGACGAAAUACAAACCUAUGUCAAACGAUUUCAACUUAUUGAUAAGGAUAAAAAGGGCUAUGUAUCAAUCAACGAUAUUCGCCGGGCUCUCAAGAGUUUCGGAGAUGCCGAUGUUUCUGGAGAACAACUUCACGAGAUACUUAAAGAAAUCGAUACUAAUAUGAAUGGACAAGUCGAACUUGAUGAAUAUUUACAGAUGAUGUCGGCCAUAAAAACUGGAGACGUCGCAUAUUCGCGUUUUGCUAGAAUGGCGGAAUUAGAAGAACAAAAACACGAAGCUGCUCAACUCAAACAAAAAAUCAGUGUCGAUCGCUCCGGAGGAGGAUUAUAAAGCACACACAUAUAAUUUGGUUGCACUUUUAUGAAAAAUUAAGAGAUCUAUUUAUUAUUUAAUUGUUAAUCAAGAGAAAUGUUUACUUUUAAAUAUACUUACAUAUGUUUGUAUACAUAUAUAU